UCCUCCUCCUCCUGCUCCUCCUCCUUGCUGAUACUGCAGCCUGACUCUGACACAGCCGGCAUGUCUGCACACUGAGAGCCCCGCAGUGACGCACAGAGGACGACACGACCCGCUCCCGCACGCGCACAACUCCUGCUUUGCUCCUCCACGCCGAGAGGCGAAGACACGAGUGGAUUAAGCGGCGAGUGAAGGAAACCCACCAGCAGGUCUGUCAACGAAAAGAAGAAACCCCAGAAGUGCUUCAUCAUGAAUUUUGUAAUGAAAGCUGCGCUGGGAGGAGGCCCCCCAGAUGUGGGAAAGAUGCUUGGGGGGGAAGAAAAGGAGGACGAUCCUGAUGCAGCCAAGAAAGAGGAAGAGCGACAGGAGGCUCUGAGGCAGCAGGAGGAGGAGAGGAAGGCCAAGUAUGCCAAGAUGGAGGCUGAGAGGGAAGUCAUGAGGCAAGGCAUCAGAGAUAAGUACGGGAUAAAGAAGCGCGAGGAGGCCGAGGCUGAGGCGGCCGCCGCUGCAGAGGAACCCGCAGCUGGAAGCCUAACUCGACCCAAGAAGGCAGUGCCAGCCGGCUGUGGAGAUGAAGAGGAGGAAGAGGAGAGCAUCAUGGACACAGUGAUGAAAUACCUGCCAGGCCCUCUACAAGACAUGCUGAAGAAAUAGGUCGCUAAUGCUAACAUACUAGCUCAGUUUAGAGGUCAUAUUUGCAACGUUGGAUUCCCCUGGUUUUUGACACAGAAUGUUAUUUUGGAAAAUUUGGGAUCAUUUGAACUUGACAGUAAUGAAGGAGAAAAAACUUGAAAUUUGAGCCAACAUUGUGAAGUAUAUCCUUUAAAGCGUGCUAGGCUGUAACGGCAGUGUUAGCUUGAGUGAUGCUACAGUAUACUUUAAGCUAACGAACAGAGGGCUUAAGUCAAAAGAAAAGCAGUGAGUGCUUCUUGUCUUAGAGGUUUUAAACGAUUUUUAUGUCCACUACAAAUUCUGCACGACUGUCUUGCAGCACUGAAAUAAUAAAAACUUUCCUCCACAUUAUUCUAAUUUAUAGAUCUAUAAGUAAGUUAGCAAGCCUCCCAGUGGGCAGCCAUCUAAUACAUUGUACAAGAAGAAUAUCCUUUGUCUGUAUUUCUUAAACAAUAAAAAGUGGUAACUUGAUAAGCCAUAUUUAAAAAAAAAAAGGUCGAUUUAAAACUGCUGUUAUUUGUUCCACCAUGUCUGAAAUGUACACGUUUUUGCACACACUGUUCCACAUUGUGGAGACACUCGUCUCUCACUUGUUCUACAUUAAUGUGAUAAAUGUCCACGUAGAAUAGUGUUUAAAAAGGUUUAUAUGUCCCUUCUCUGUACCACUUUCUUAUGUCUUGCAUGCCAUUAGUCCAGACAGUUUGUUGUGUGAACAUGUGUCCCUGUUUGAGUCCUUCUUUAUCAAGGAAAAUAUAUAUAUAUAAUGAGGGCAAUAACUCCUACGUUUGUGUUUCCACUGUCCUGUUGGUAUAGUCUCAAUGUUGAAAACAUGAAUAAUAGACAAUAUAUAUGUAUUUAUUCAGGAACAAAGAUGAUCAUUUUGCAGGGCUUUCAUUGUUUUGAUGGAAAAUAACUGCAUAGCUGGAGAUCCAGCAGCUAAAAUGUUAAGCUUUCAGCCAUAACACUGGACCGUGCAGAAUGUAAAAUAUGGGUGUUGGAACUAUAAGAACAGGCCGAACGCUGAAAUCUGGAAAAAAAAAUCAAAGAACAGCAACACAUUAAAAAAAAAAAUACAUUUUUGGCCUGAAUGUAAGUGAUGCAGAACGGUAAGAGCAAUAAAGGAUGAAUACAUCUGUCUGUGCUUGAGAUUCAAUUAAAGAAUACAUCAAUGCCGUGUCA